GAACGUGUGGAUGGAUGCAGUAGUAGGUGCGCCUGAAUUUCUGUGACUUGUGCGAGCAAACUUACAACGCAGGCAGGCGCGGUGUAAGCGAACCAACGAGAACAGCUCGCAACGAGAUCUCCAUAAGGGAUAACGCGUUGUGCUGCUGUGCAGAGAAGAAUCCGCAAUGAGAGCCGUGACAUCUAUAGGCCUGCUGCUGUUGAUCCUGGUGACCGCAGAAGCAGUGCCCUCGUUGUUCAGAUACCCGGUUCCUACUCGGCAUGCGGACCAACCUCAUUCCGCCUCCAGGGAAACCGGCCUCGUAUCGCCACGCACGCGAGAGGUCGCUCCGAGCGUCAGCACUUACACGAGCAGGAGGGAUAGCGUAUACGGGCCGAGCUCAGCAGUGCAUCGAAAUCCGAUUACCAACAUCCGGGGAAUAAGACGCGAUCCGGCGCCGCCGUCGCGUCCGUCUAGACCUGCGACGUACGAUAGCUCGCGGACGAGGCAGUACGAACAGCAGCCGUUCCAAGUAUUGCAGAGGGAGACGACCCCGCACAGUCCCGAUCUGUACCCUGCUCCUGCACCUCCCACUCGCGCUACUUACGAAGCAUCUAACGAGCAGUCGUACACUCAGCCAUCGCGUAAUAAGGACGUUUACAACAUACCACCGUUCUACGAAGGGCCGCUGCCGGGCGUAUAUAAUGAUGCAGUCGCGUUCAGUAAACAGCAGCAGAUUCCGUACCAGGCGGAGCGCCCUCCGGCAACAUCAAGGUAUACACGACCACAGGAAACGUACGCGAGGCCAGUUCAACAACAACGCGAACCAUCAGAAAACCGGGGUGUAUAUAUCCAAUAUUCAUCACCCAGCCGCGGGCAAGUAGAAUACGAAAAUUCAUAUCAGCGACCCACACAAAGAUAUCAACCACGCGAGGCGCCACCAGCAUACGCAGGGCCUCCGCCAAGGCAAGAAUUCAACGCAAGACAACAGGAAUCACAGCCGCAAGCCACCACUGAACAUCCGUUGCUUGCGGGAAUUGAUUUUCUCUCAUUUGGAGACCCAAAUGCCCCAGGCAAUGAGGGCAUACUAGGUCGCGAAAAAAUUGUAUACAACGAACCAGUGAGAUAUCAACAAUUACCAGCGAAAGAAAUAACAUAUUCGUUUCCACCGAGGACACCGCGGUACGGCGGUAACGGCCAGCAAGUGCAACAGGCACCAGGAAGAGUAGGCCUACCUCUAACGCAACGAUACGAGGCACCGCCACAUGCUGAUAGACAAAACGUUAGAUACGAGGCACCGCCACAUGCUGAUAGACAAAACGUUAGAUACGAGGCACCGCCACAUGCUGAUAGACAAAACGUUAGAUACGAGGCACCGCCACAUGCUGAUAGACAAAACGUUAGAUACGAGGCACCGCCACAUGCUGAUAGACAAAACGUUAGAUACGGGGCACCGCCACCUGCUGAUAGACAAAAUGUUAGAUAUGAGGCACCGCCACCUGCUGAUAGUCAAAACGUUAGAUACGAGGAACCGCCACCUGCUGAUAGACAAAAUGUUAGAUAUGAGGCACCACCACCUACUGAUAGACAAAAUGUUAGAUAUGAGGCACCACCCGCGCCAACAAGUCAACCAAGGCCCUAUAAAUUAAGAUUAGACAAUGGUAGGAUUGACACCGAUGAUUCAUUGUCCUACACCCAACGACCGACUCAUAACAAACCGAUCAGAUCUCCUCUGGAAUUUUCGCUUCCCGCGAUAAAAAUACUUCCACCAGAUUUCAAGCAUCCAUCUUUAAGCGGAUUUGAGUUCCCAGGCUUUCCAGGGUUUGGUCUAAAUCCGCCGGAAAAGGCCACGGAAUAUAAACAACCAGAUGUGAAUAGCGAGGAAUCAUAUGGUCAACCGAAACCUCAAGACGAGUACAAUCGUAACACUCCUCCCGUACGUGCAGUAAAGGACCCGCGAGACUCUGCACCAGCGUACAGACAGCCUCCACCACGCCAGCCAGAACACCAGCAGCCUACUAGUAAGCAAAGCUACGAACUUCCUCCGCUUUUUAGAGAGCUGACAGCUGAGUACGAAAAGCAACUAGCUGCAAAAUCUGAACGCCCCCCAGAUGCUCCACCAUCUGAUAGACAGAUCUAUGCAGAGCCUCCGAAAUAUGUUGAACAACGUCCGGUGCAAUACGAGAAGCUGCCGCCAACAUACAAUCAACAGCACGAAACACCACCAUAUCCGAAUGUCAGAGAUGCAAGGGUACCCGAAUACCCAAGCCAAAGCCCGGAUGUUCCAACUACAUAUUCUAGCCAAAGUUAUCAAGGUCCAUCUCCUACCUCUAGCCAAAGCUAUGAUCGCCAACCCGCAUACGCGAAACAAGACUAUCAAGGUUCUCCCACAUCUACUGGUCAACUCUAUGAUAGUCCACCUGCACUCACUGGUCAAGUAUACAUUGGUCCACAUACAUCUAUCGACCAGAUCUAUGCAAGGCCACGAACAUUUUCUAGCAAAACCUAUUCUGGACAAAAUUAUGAUAGUGCGUCAUCGAAUCCGGGAGCUCAGUAUGAAAGACCACCACCAUCCGACCGAGCAUACGAAAGCCCACCAGUUCGCACUGUCCAAGCUGAGAACUCCAGGCGAGACUAUGAACAGCAAGCGCCUCCUCGCCCCACGUAUGAAAGACCACCUUCCAAUGCAGGUCAAAGUUACGAGGUGCCAACAUUUCCAAGGGAAAGCUACAAAAGAGCACCUCAGCCUCUGAGGCAAACUUACGAGGAAGGACCACCUCCCAGUGCAAAAUACGAGAGGCCAGCUCCGAGGCAAAUAUAUCAGCAGCACCCACACUUAUCUACUAGAAAAAGAUACGAAGUUUCAGCGCCAAAGGCACCGAGCCAAAUAUAUGGAGCUCCUGCACAACUCAUUGUUGAGGAAGAAGCGGAGAGCAAUGUCCAACCACAGGCUCUUCCACGGCCCACCACGUACAGCCAAAACCCGGAGGGAAUAGCACCAAUUUUGUCACCAUAUGAAUCCGUUAGACCGUUCAGCCAGCGCCCUGCUCCUGCAGUAAGUGAUCCUUCAGCUGAACAUCAGCCUCGGCUACCGUAUAUUGCACCCCCACGAUACGACCCGGCAGUCAGACGUGACGAGCCGUCUGCACGUGUGGCACCACCCCCUUCUCCCACUCAUCUAAUAAGCAACACACAGAAAAGCAGUGCAGCAUCGACCCCCGAUCGAAAAGAUACAGUUACAGUUGAAACAUCCGAUCCAUCCUCAAAGAAUUUGCGCGGACCAUAUUUUAACGACACACCCAGAGGAUAUUUUGGCAACAGCGCGCCCAGUAACCCAUUCUUCCAAGCGUUUCCGGGAUAUAAGUACGCAGUCGACGCUUUCAAGACAGACGAUUCAACUGCAAAGAUAGAAUAGUACGGAGAGGAGGAAAGCAUUUCUUCAAAUUCCGAGUCUUCUGUGUAGAUUACGCAAACACACAGCACGUGUAUAAAGUGAUAUAUAUAUAUAUAUAUAUAUAUAUAUAUAUAUAUAUAUAUAUAUAUGUACACCUUUGUCGCUGAUGACAGGUAUUUGUUCUGAUCAGUAUGACAAUUACAAAAUUAUUUUUCUGAAUCUCCGAUAGAUUUAGCAAAUAGGGUGCGUAUCUAUGAUGACCUAUUGUGAGUGUAGGUAUAGCAGAGUCUUAUUCUUGGAAUAUGAUUAUAGCAGAUUAAUUGUCAUCGAAUAAAAAUCCAUAUUUUUAUAUGAAAGUUUUAUUCAGUGCAUGUUUAUAUAAAAUUUAAAAACUAAAGGUUUUUAAAUAUUCCAAAAUUUUCUUCAUUAUGUUUGCAUCGUGUCAGCAUCGUCUGUAACUCUAGUAACUAUAAUGAUAAAUAUAAAUGCUGUGGUGCGUAACACUGAUAUAGUAAUAAUUUUACUCUGCUUCCUGAGCAAUAGCUAUAGACUAUGUAGAAAGAUAACGGAGAAAUAAUUUCAUUCCACGAAGAUAUUUCAUUCGCCCUAUGAAUCAAUUUAUAUAUAUAAAUAAGUCUAUAUUAUAUAUAUAUAUAAUUGUUAAACCGUUCAAACAAAAAUGAGCUCUAAAUUAUAUUAAUUAUACUUUAAAUUUUAUACAUGAUUAUACAUUGUACAUGUAAUACAGUGUAUUAUAAAAUUGUUACUGUGCAUAAUUUUGUAAGUAUGUUUGUAAAUAUGCACAUACAGUGUAUAUUAUAUAUUUGCAGUUUACACGCACACGCAUGUAUGUGUGUAAUUGUGUGUAUGCGUGCGUGCGUGCGCGUGUGUGUACAUAUAUAUACGCACGUGCACUCGCGUGCAUAAAACAGUAGAGUAGUCGCCGCCCCCCGUCUCUCGGGUAAAAGGGCCGCUAAAAUGCCGAAAUUAAGCACAACCAAGAUUGUGUACGAGGUUUUGUAACAAAACUGAUAGUAGAGCAUAGAGGGAAUGCAACAAGAGGUAUUAAUGUUUUCUGUGGCAUACGCCUCCACCCCACUGCAGCAUGUUCCCGUGAUUGUAACAGUUGCAUACACGGUUCGCAUUGGUUAUGUCACGUGUUGAUAUCUUAUAUGUAGCCCAAUUAAAGCUGCUUUGUUAUUUCGUCUGUAAUUGAGAUUGAAUAAGUAAACUGAAAAUUAGCUCUAUAUAUGGACCCUUGUUUGAAAUACUGUAUACUAUGAAUGUAAUCUUCUUCUUGUAACAUUAUGCAGAACUACCUUGUAGCCUCAUCACUACGCGUAUACCCGCGUAUGUAGACUGUUACUGAAAGCAGUCCUCUCUGGGCUCGGCCAUGUUUAUGCUAAGCACGAAUAAAUGUUGUGUACC